AUGGAAACUCUGAGAGGCGACUCUUCCAAAACCACCGCUGCUGCCGCGGUGCCCGGAAACGAUGAAGACAUACGCCGAAAUCGAGCUCUAUCGAGUAAACUCUACCUCGAACUGAUUCCUUCCAAGGUUCCUUUAAUUUAUUCGUCUUCAUAUGAUAUCGCCUUUAUGGGAAUGGAAAAGCUGCAUCCUUUUGACUCUUCUAAAUGGGGUCGCAUCUGCCGCUUUCUUGUAGCAGAAGGUUUUCUGGACAAAAAGAACAUAGUUGAACCUCUGGAGGCUGCAAAAGAUGAUCUCCUAGUGGUGCAUUCAGAGUCAUACCUGAAUAGUCUAAAAAGCAGCUUAAAUGUCUCUGUGAUUGUUGAGGUCCCUCCUGUUGCUCUAUUGCCGAACUGUCUCGUGGAGAAGCACGUUCUUUCUCCAUUUCGUAAACAGGUGGGAGGAACCAUUUUGGCUGCAAAGCUUGCAAAAGAACGAGGAUGGGCCAUCAAUGUAGGAGGCGGCUUUCAUCAUUGUUCAGCAGACAAAGGAGGUGGAUUUUGUGCUUAUGCAGACAUCUCUCUGUGCAUUCAAUUUGCUUUUAUCCGAUUAAAUAUUUCGAGGGUCAUGAUAAUCGAUCUUGAUGCACACCAAGGGAAUGGCCAUGAAAAGGAUUUUUCUUCAGACAGAAGGGUCUACAUCCUUGAUAUGUACAAUCCUGGCAUAUAUCCAUUUGAUUAUGAGGCCAGAAGGUAUAUCAACCAGAAAGUUGAAGUAGCGAGUGGGACUACAACAAAUGAAUACUUGGCAAAACUUGACCAAGCACUUGAGGUUGCUGCUGGUUCGUUUGAUCCGGAAUUGAUCUUAUAUAAUGCUGGAACAGAUAUUCUGGAUGGAGAUCCUCUGGGUAGGUUAAAGAUUAGUCCCGAUGGAAUUUCCAUAAGAGAUGAAAAGGUUUUCAGGUUUGCUCGAGAGAGGAAUAUCCCUCUUGUCAUGCUCACGUCAGGUGGUUAUAUGAAAUCUAGUGCUAGAGUAAUAGCAGAUUCAAUCAUAAAUCUAUCGCAGAAAUCUUUGAUCAACAUGGAGAGCACAACGGGGAAAAUAUGA